AUGGAGACUGGUGUUGGUUUAUGGAGAUUGGUGUUGGAUUAUGGAGACUGGUGUUGGUUUCUGGAUACUUGUGUUGGAUUAUGGAGACUGGUGUUGGUUUAUGGAGACUGGUGUUGGAUUAUGGAGACUGGUGUUGGUUUAUGGAGACUGGUGUUGGAUUAUGGAGACUGGUGUUGGUUUUUGGAGACUGGUGUUGGAUUAUGGAGACUGGUGUUGGUUUAUGGAGACUGGUGUUGGAUUAUGGAGACUGGUGUUGGUUUAUGGAGACCUGUGUUGGUUUAUGGAGACUGGUGUUGGAUUAUGGAGACUGGUGUUGGUUUAUGGAUACUUGUGUUGGUUUAUGGAACCUGGUGUUGGAUUUUGGAGACUGGUGUUGGUUUAUGGAGACUGGUGUUGGUUUAUGGAGACUGGUGUUGGAUUAUGGAGACUGGUGUUGGUUUAUGGAGACUUGUGUUGGAUUAUGGAGACUGGUGUUGGUUUACUUGUGUUGGAUUAUGGAGACUGGUGUUGGUUUAUGGAGACCUGUGUUGGUUUAUGGAGACUGGUGUUGGAUUAUGGAGACCUGUGUUGGUUUAUGUAGACUGGUGUUGGAUUAUGGAGACUGGUGUUGGUUUAUGGAGACUUGUGUUGGUUUAUGGAGACUGGUGUUGGAUUAUGGAGACUGGUGUUGCUUUACUUGUGUUGGAUUAUGGAGACUGGUGUUGGAUUAUGGAGACUGGUGUUGGUUUCUGGAUACUUGUGUUGGAUUAUGGAGACUGGUGUUGGUUUAUGGAGACUGGUGUUGGAUUAUGGAGACUGGUGUUGGUUUAUGGAGACUGGUGUUGGGUUAUGGAGACUGGUGUUGGUUUUUUGAGACUGGUGUUGGAUUAUGGAGACUGGUGUUGGUUUAUGGAGACUGGUGUUGGAUUACGGAGACUGGUGUUGGUUUAUGGAGACCUGUGUUGGUUUAUGGAGACUGGUGUUGGAUUAUGGAGACUGGUGUUGGUUUAUGGAUACUUGUGUUGGUUUAUGGAACCUGGUGUUAGAUUUUGGAGACUGGUGUUGGAUUAUGGAGACUGGUGUUGGUUUAUGGAGACUGGUGUUGGGUUAUGGAGACUGGUGUUGGUUUAUGGAGACUGGUGUUGGAUUAUGGAGACUGGUGUUGGUUUAUGGAGACUGGUGUUGGAUUAUGGAGACUGGUGUUGGUUUAUGGAGACCUGUGUUGGUUUAUGGAGACUGGUGUUGGAUUAUGGAGACUGGUGUUGGUUUAUGGAUACUUGUGUUGGUUUAUGGAACCUGGUGUUGGAUUUUGGAGACUGGUGUUGGUUUAUGGAGACUGGUGUUGGAUUAUGGAGACUGGUGUUGGUUUAUGGAGACUUGUGUUGGAUUAUGGAGACUGGUGUUGGAUUAUGGAGACCUGUGUUGGUUUAUGGAGACUGGUGUUGGAUUAUGGAGACUGGUGUUGGUUUAUGGAGACUUGUGUUGGUUUAUGGAGACUUGUGUUGGGUUAUGGAGACUGGUGUUGGUUUACUUGUGUUGGUUUAUGGAAACUGGUGUUGGUUUAUGGAGACUGGUGUUGGAUUAUGGAGACUGGUGUUGGUUUAUGGAGACCUGUGUUGGUUUAUGGAGACUGGUGUUGGAUUAUGGAGACUGGUGUUGGUUUAUGGAUACUUGUGUUGGUUUAUGGAGACUGGUGUUGGAUUUUGGAGACUGGUGUUGGUUUAUGGAGACUGGUGUUGGAUUAUGGAGACUGGUGUUGGUUUAUGGAGACUUGUGUUGGUUUAUGGAAACUGGUGUUGGAUUAUGGAGACUGGUGUUGGUUUACUUGUGUUGGAUUAUGGAAACUGGUGUUGGUUAAUGGAGACCUGUGUUGGUUUAUGGAGAUUGGUGUUGGAUUAUGGAGUCUGGUGUUGGUUUACUUGUGUUGGAUUAUAG